AAAAAUACUCUCUUCCGCAGCAAGACGCAGAUUGCCCCAAAGUUCAUGGCUCAAUUGCCAUGAAUCGAUGAUUCUCCUCUUCUCCUGUCUUCAUUCAAUAAUAGGCCUGCUCUCUCCUCCCAUCUUCGUCAGAAUCUCCAAAACCUCGAGGUUUCUGACCAUGGCGGACCAGAGCCACUCCGAUUUACAGAAAAAGAGGCUAGGCAAUGACCGGAAAAGUGCCGCAAUUUACCCUGUGCCAUUGUCCCCGCCGUUUCCGGCCAUAUCCAAGCAAAUGGAGUUGAAUAGAGCCAUGGCAGCUUCUUCAAAAUCGAGCCUGUUUUCUCUCUCUAGAAGUGAUGUCCUCUUCGAGGACGAUUGGCUUGUUGCUGUGAAUAAGCCUCAGGGGGUGUAUUGCGAGGCCGUCCUGCCUUCGAUCCCCAGUCUGCUCAAUGAGUUUGAUGAUUCUGCUCAACUCGGGGCCCAAGUCAAUCUCCCGGAGCUCCACCUUGCUAAUAGACUUGACCGUGACACCAGUGGGGUAAUGUUAAUAACCAAAUCACACAAAGUAGCUGCUAAGCUAGUGAAGGCUUUUACAAACCACAAGGUCAGGAAAACAUACAUUGCUUUCUGCAUUGGACAAGUACCAGAAUGGAAAAGAAUCACCAUUAAGUCGGGUCAUGGUCGAUCGAAGUUUGGAGCCUGGCGCGUCUAUGCUUUCCAAGAUGUUGGUCGAGCUUUACCCGGCAGAUCAGUUGUUAGAGACAUGCAAACUCUUUUUGAAGUAUUAUCAGUUAAUGGGCAGGGGUGCUUCAAAGAGUUAUCUGAGCGUGAAGAAAAAGUUAUAAUAGUUGAAGAAAAAUCUGUGACAGAUACUAAUCUGCAUCACAAUGAAAUUUUGGUGCGAGCAUAUCCACAAAGUGGAAGAACUCAUCAAAUUCGUUUGCAUUGCCAAUACCUUGGAAUUCCCAUUAGAGGAGAUGUGAAGUACGAGGGUGUCUUUGAGUGGAAAGGGGGAACAUUUGAUGGUCAUGAACUUCAUGCAGAGAGCUUGUCCUUCGAGCACCCAGUUACAGGUCUUCCACUAGUGCUUCAGGCACCCUUGCCAUUGUGGGCAAGCCAAGCACUGCAGCCGUUGUCAAGUUAAAUAUUUAUCAUCAGUCUGUAACUAUUGAUUAUUCCUCUCAUCAACAAUGGUUUUCUUUUUUGUUUUUGCUCUAUUUCUUGGUUUUUCUGUACUUAUUUGUGCAAUAACUGGAAUUUUACAACGCCAUGUGAUAUGUUGAAUUUUGUUGACCGGCAGCUUAUUGGAAUAGUUAAAUAUAUCCUUGAUUUCCA